AAAAAAAUUAAUAAAAAAAAGAGGGGUGGAAUAAACCAAAGAAAUAUAGAAAAAGGGGAAGAGAAAAGAGAGAAAGAAAGAGCCUUGUAGAGGAUGACCUCAUCCUCUCUUCUCCUUCUUCCUUAUCAUUCCUCUUCUUAGAUCUUAGUUUUCGCAUCUGGGUUUCCUUUCAAUCGGAAUCCUAGAUUGAUUUGUACACGAUCCGAUGUCCCUGGAUUAAAUUGGCAAUAUCCCACUUUUUCAUUGAUCAGAAUUCUAUACUGGGUUCUGCUCAUUUCAUAUAAAAAAAGAGAAAAAAAAUAGAAGGAAAAAAAAAUGGAAUCAGAUCUUGGUAAGCUAUUCAUUGGUGGGAUCUCAUGGGACACGGAUGAGAGUAGGCUUAAGGAGUAUUUUGGGCAAUAUGGAGAAGUAGUGGAGGCUGUGAUCAUGAGGGAUCGAAUUACAGGUCGUGCCCGUGGCUUCGGUUUUAUUGUCUUUGCUGAUCCUGCUGUUGCUGAGAGAGUUGUGAUGGACAAGCAUAUGAUCGAUGGCCGAACAGUUGAAGCAAAGAAAGCAGUCCCAAGGGAUGAUCAGCAAAUUCUGAGUAGAAACAAUAAUAUGAUCCAAGGAUCUCCCGGUCCUGGACGUACCAAAAAGAUAUUUGUAGGAGGUUUAGCAUCAACAGUUACCGAGAGUGACUUCAGGAAGUACUUUGAUCAAUUCGGUAUUAUUACAGAUGUUGUGGUAAUGUAUGAUCACAACACCCAAAGGCCAAGAGGGUUUGGGUUCAUUACUUACGAUUCAGAAGAUGCUGUUGAUAGGGUGUUGCAUAGAACUUUCCAUGAACUUAAUGGAAAAAUGGUUGAGGUUAAGCGAGCUGUACCUAAAGAGAUGUCUCCAGGCCCUAGUCGCAGCCCUGUAGUAGGAUAUAAUUAUGGCAUGAGUAGGGCUAGCAACUUCAUUAACAACUAUGCUCAAGGCUACAAUCUUAACUCUAUUGCUGGAUAUGGUAGACUUAAUCCUCUUGUUACUGGUCGAACUGGGCUUCCACCUUUUGGCAAUCCUGGAUAUGGGAUGGGUAUGAAUAUGAAUAUGAAUAUGGAGCCAGGGUUAAGUGCUAACUACGGUGCCAAUUCUAAUUUCAGCAACAACCAGGGUUAUGGUCGUGUUUUGGGACCUUAUUAUAGUGGCAACUCAAACAGGUACAACACUCCAAUCGGAUAUAAUGUUGGUAAUACAAGGGGUGAUUCGUUGGCAAAUUCAACAGCAAGAAAUGUCUGGGGAAAUGGAUCUUUUAACAAUCCUACAAAUCCCCCCAGUCCUGGUGCUUUUCUGGGAUCUGGUAGUGGAAAUUUUGGGGUCUCGUUUGGUAACAGUGGAGCCAAUUGGGGUACAUCUCCUACAACAUCCCAAGGUGGGGGUAAUGGUUCUGGAUAUAGCAGUGGGAAUCUCGGGUAUGGUUUUGGUGAAAGUUAUGGGUUGAGCGGUGGAGGCUAUGGAAGAACACAUAACACUGAUGUUGCACCACCAUCUACAUUUGCAGCAUCAACAGGUGGUUUUGAUACAUCAUAUGGUGACCUAUAUCGUGGUACGUCAGGGUAUGGUGAUUCAACAUGGCGUUCUACUUCUCCUGAGCUUGAUGGAUCUGGUUCAUUUGGCUUUGGUUUAGGCAGCGCAGAUAUUGCAUCAAGAACUUCUGAGGGUCUAAUUGGAAACUAUAGUGCGUCAAGUAGACAAGCAAGUAGAGGAAUUGCUGCGUAGAAAACUGUGAUUUGGACAGAAGAUGGUAAUUGCUAGGAAUAUCCAGGAAGUCCAGCUAAACAGGUGAUAAGAUUGUGAGUUAUACAUUCCCUCGUUCAUAUGUCUCAGCAUAUAAGGAAAUUCAGCACACGAUAAUAACAGGGAUUUCGUCUCUUUAUACAAAUUCAGUUAAGGGCAGUUAAGAAGGUUUUUUUCCAGAUAAGGUUUAAAACUUGAACUUUUUUUCUUUUUCUUCCCUUUGAAGUUAGGUUCUUGGUAUUUGGUUGAGCUGUAAAAUCAGAUUGCGGGAUAUACUCAAAACGUUCAUUCGAGAUAGUUAUCAGUGCACUAAAACUGAGAGAGCGAGUGAUAGUAUAUCAGAUAUAGAUCAGUGUUUUUGUUCGUUUUUUCCCCCUCUUUUAACAAACUGUAACGACUAGCUAGUCGAAUUUCAUGUACUCAUUACGUAUAUUUUACCUUGUUAUUUUGUCCUCCGAUUGUAUGCUGUGAGGCUUUCUUUGAUUUAUAGUGUGAAACAAUAGCGGGAUACCCAUCUCGGAUUCCCUUUAAAAUAAGUUUAUUGGAUACUCAAAAUUCAUUUGUGUUGAAGAUGUCUGCUGUUGAAGCAGCUUGACGAUUUUA